AUGUAUAGCUCGUUUGAGCAGGGGCCAGUGAUAUGGCCUACUGGUGAAAGGGUUCAAGAGUUGAUUGCUAGGUUCAUGCAAUUGCCAGACGUGCAACAAACGCGACGAAUGAUGAGCCAGGACAGCUUUGUUGCGGAAAGGCUUGAAAAGUUGGGCACUCUGCUUCUAAAAUUGAAGCGAGAAAACAGGGAAAAGGAGAUGAAUGCACUGAUGCAUAAGAUUUUUAGCGAAGAACAGAUAAUUGAUUAUCUGAGUUCCGUAGACUUAAACGAUCUGGGUUGGGUUUUAAACACUGAACACACAGGAUGGGAAAAGAAGAGUGUAGGAGAACUCAUGGGAAGUUUACACACAUACGAACUUGAAGUUCUGGCUGAUGAUGCUCCUGUUUCCAACAGAAAGGGCAAGUCACAAUACAAAGGUGGUAACUCCUCAUAUCAGAAAACUGAAACCGCACCGUUCUCACAGAAUAAUCAACCCCAAACUGGUCGGACAAGGCAAAACAGAAACAGUUCCUCAGAUACAGGAAGAUCUCUCAACCGAUCAGUGCAAUGUAGAGAAUGUGAAGGCUUUGGGCACACACAGGCUGAAUGUGCAACGUAUCUCAAAAGAAAGAAAGCUAUGUCUGUCACUAUGCUAAGUGAUGAUGAAGAGGAAACUACAAAUGAUCAGUUAGAUGACAAUGUAGGAAACAUUGUAGCCUUCUUUACAGCUACAGAGAAUCAGUCAGAUGAUAACGAAUCCGAUGAAGAGUCCUAUAUAUCAACAGAUGAUUUUGAAGAGAGACAUCAUUGA